AUGGGAGGCACCAAUAAGCCUGGCAAGCCCAAAAGCAAACGAGUGAGUGUGCGGUUACGACAUUCAAUACAAAAAGCUUCUGCUGCGAAGCAAAAAAAGGACCGCAAGUUGGGGAAGAAGAAUCCAGAAUGGCGAUCGAAGUUAAAGAAAGAUCCUGGCAUUCCCAACCUGUUCCCGUACAAGGAUAAGAUCCUGGCAGAAAUCGAAGAGGGAAGAAGAAGAAAGGCUGAAGAUGCGGAAAAGAGGAGAGCCGAUGCAAAGGCGACGAAAACUGGGGAGAAGACUGGGGAGCAGAUGGAUAGAGAGAUGGAGCUUAAGAUGGAGGGCGUAGAGGAAGAAGAGAUCCUCGACGAGGAGAUGGACGAGGAUAUCGAUGAAGAUGCCAAUCCUAUGGCGGCAUUACUGGCCAGCGCACGAGCUGCAGCACAACAGUACGAAGAUGAACUCGAGAGCGGGGACGAAAUGGAUGAAGACGACGAAUCCGAGUCAGAUGAAGACGAGGAAGGCGGUGUCGAGCUUUCCGGAAUGCCUACACGAAAAGAUGGAUCAAGAAAAGCAUUCGACAAAGUCUUCAAGCAAGUCGUCGACCAAGCAGAUGUCGUUCUCUACGUCCUCGAUGCCCGCGACCCUGAAGGCACAAGAUCAAAGGAAGUCGAACGAAUGGUCAUGGCUGCAGCAAGCGGUGGAAAGCGACUUAUCCUCAUCCUUAACAAAAUCGAUCUCAUUCCAGCCGCAGUCCUCAAAUCUUGGCUCAUCCACCUCCGAAGAUAUUUCCCAACCUUACCCCUCCGAGCUUCUGGCCCAGCGCCAAACGCACAUACUUUCAACCAUAAAGAAUUAACUGUACAGAACACCUCCGCCACCUUAUUCAAGGCACUCAAAUCUUUCGCCGCAGCCAAGCAACUGAAGCGUGCAGUCACAGUGGGAGUAAUCGGCUACCCCAACGUCGGCAAGUCGUCCGUGAUCAACGCUCUCACAUCCCGGCUCGGCGGUGCAGGAGCAGCAUGUCCCGUUGGGGCCGAAGCCGGCGUCACCACUUCUCUCCGAGAAGUCAAAAUCGACAGCAAAUUGAAACUUCUCGAUUCCCCGGGAAUCGUGUUCCCCAGCACUGGAGAUGGAAGCAAAGCCUCGAAGAAGGAAGAGCAAGCCAGACUUGUGCUGCUGAACGCGGUGCCGCCGAAGAUGAUCGAGGAUCCAGUUCCAGCUGUUACGUUGCUUUUGAAGCGGUUAUCGAGAGCAGAAGGCAUGAUGAACAAAUUGAUGGAUGUCUAUGGCCUGCCGCCGCUUAUGACUAGCAAUGGAGAUCCUACUACGGAUUUCCUUGUUCAGGUUGCGAGGAAGAGGGGACGAUUGGGGAAAGGCGGUGUGCCGAAUAUUGCGAGUGCGGCUACGACUGUUAUUACGGAUUGGAGGGAUGGCCGGAUUCAGGGCUGGAUGGACGCUCCUGUUCUGGCGAUUGCUCCUGAUGCUACUGCUGCGACGUCCAAUGAUGGACCGGUUGUGGGUGAUCAGAAGGAGAUUGUUACUGAGUGGGCUGCCGAGUUCAAGCUUGAGGGGCUGUGGGGAAAUGGGAAGGAUGAAGUCGAGGUGGGAACCAUGCAAGAAUAA